AUGCAGCUCGACCGUCAGUUGGAUCAACUGAAGGGGGAAAUAUGUCCUCAGCCGUCCACCACCAACUUUGGCCUGUCGAGGCAGCAUCAUGUUUCCUUCUUCGGCUCGUCAGUUCCCGUUGGCAUGAAGAUGAGCAAGACUGAUCUUGAUUGUCUGUACUGCUAUUGUGUACGCUUUUCGGGGAGAAUGGGAAACUUGAUUGGUCUGUUCUGCAUCGUCUCGAGAACAGACCGUUUUCCUGCCAGAUUAGUGAUUCAUGCCUCGUCUGCGUCUCGUAUGCUGACGGACAAAAAAGGUUUUGCUGCAAAUGCAGUCAGGCGUGGGGGCAUGAAAGAGAGACAGCAGAAGCGAAGCAGUGGUCGCGUUGUGGAAGACCUUCUCUUGCGGCAUAUCCUGUCGCCGAAGCACUUCUGCCUUCAACUUUGUGAGACGGAAGCUGUUGCCGGGACUGGGCCACAGAAGAUGGGCCGACACGUCAGGGAGCCGAGACGAGGCUGUGGCCAACUGGCUGUCGACGGCCUCCUCUUUAUCACGAAUCGGUCAAAUGUCCGAAACCGGAUGUUGCUGGGAAAAUAUAAAAGAUGGCAAUUAGAAUAG